AUGGAUACAACACCCCCGCAGCAGCAGGCAACGAAUGGGCCAGCUACCGGGCCACAGCCUAUGGGGCCUGAGAUCCAGGAGCAAGUGGACCAGCUGGUGAGAAGGAGGCUGGAGCAGGCGUUUGGAUCAGUUGUUAGGAAAGUGCUGACGGCAACAGAGAGGGCCACAAACGCGGCCGAGUCCCAGGCCCAAGCCAACCGCCUUGAUGGCUUGACAAAGGGCCUCAAGCUUGAUGUUUGGAAGCCUGGAAGCCGUGAAGAGGAGCUGAGAGGAUGGAAGGAUUGGUUCUUCCAACUGCGCACGUGGCUCAGCAGCCACGACCCGAAGUACGAAGAGGACAUAAAGGCAAUCAAGGUGGAUGAACCGCAGGACCAUGCCCUCAUGGACAGCGAGGCCACCAACAGAAGCCAAAAGCUAUUUGGAGUCCUUUGUUCUUAUGUUCGUGGGCGGCCCUUGCUGCUUGUGAAGAGCCAGGACGACACCAAGAACGGGAUGGAGGCCGUGCGCAUCCUACAGAAGGAGAUGGAACCCAAAGAGCGGUCGAGGGCCCUUGCCAUAGUGCGAAACCUGGCUGCCUGGACCUUCAGGGAAGGCAACCUCCACGAGCAGCUGGUCGCCUACGAGGAGGCAGUCACGGCAUACGAGCGGGCGAGCGACAAAAAGUACCCGCAGGACCUCAUGAUUGCGACCCUGGUGACCGGGCUGAAGGAACCUCUCCGCAGCCAGGUGCAGUUGCGGAUGAACGACAAGACCGAGUACAAGGACCUGCAGGAAUGGGUUUUGUCCUAUGAGUCAGUGAAUGCCCCUUGGAGCGUCUCGCUCCCAGCCGGCGCGGGAAAGGGGCAGCAAGGACUUGGAGGUGGAAGCGAGGCCGUGCCCAUGGAGGUCGACCAGAUCAAGGGCAAGAAGGGCAAGAAGGGCAAAGACAGCAAAGGAGCAAAAGGGAAGGACGCAAAAGGAGGAAAGAAGGGAAAAGGUGGAGGAAAAGGCGGCAAGCAUGGAGACAAAGGGCAGUGGCGCCAAGAUGGAAAGGGCAAGGCCAGCCAGGGCUGGCAGCAACAGCAGCCAAGCUCGAGCUGGCAGAGCGGAGGAAAAAGCCAGAUGCCUGGAAUCUGCCACAACUGCGGCGGAAAAGGGCACUGGAAGAACGAAUGUUGUGCAGGCGAUCCAGGAGGCUGGAAUGUGCCUGAACGCCGCCAGGCUGCCGAAGUCCUGCAAAUCUGGGCCGACAGCACCACAACUGAGAUUGUGGUGGACAGCGGGGCCGACGUCUCUGUAGCCCCCUUGGCCUACCACCGCGCAGGGCGAGAAGCCCCAGCCACGAGGAUCGUCAUGCAAGAUGCCCAAGGACGGCGAAUUGAGGAGCGUGGGGUGAGAAUCCUCAACCUCACGGUUCGGACCCUCGAGAAUGAGACCAUCACCCUGAAGGAGCGCUUUGCGAUCGCCGCGGUGAACUUGGUGAUCCUCUCCUUGGGGAAGCUUGUGCGAGCCGGGUGGACCUUCCCACAAUGCCACCGGCCCAGCGAUAGCAAAAGAUGGCUGCACCAUUCCCGUCGGGCUGCGGCGAAAUACCUUGGAGAAGAAGCAGUUGAGAGCCCGGGGUGGCACAUCCUCCCCUCAGGGCUGCCUUUCUUUGUCGGCCACAGGGCGCAGGAGAUCAGCCUGGAAACCUCGGUGUGGAGCACAGAGGACUGGGGUUGGCUGGCAAUUUUUGUGCGAAAAGAAGAAGCAAGAAGGAAGCCAGCCCAUGGAGAUGUUUGGGUCCAGGUGUGGACAGGCAGCUCGGAGAACUUCCCGGAGAACGGAAGGAGAGGAGGAGCUGGGUGGCCCGAGGGACUUUGCAGUUCUUUUCCAUGUCGACGAAAUUCCCGACAAUGUGCUGAGCCAGCCCGGCGACCUCUUUCGAGAAGCGCCGGGGAGGACGUGGCUAUGGCUAUGGCCCACCCAGGGCAAGAAGGAGACGAGGAUGACGGCGGUGGUGUUGGUGACGUGCUGGAAGGAAGGCCUGUCAGAGGCCAAGAAGUGGAGCCCGAACCCGAGGACCUCACUCUCGACAAUGUGGCGCUUGACAUGCAGACGCCACUUGCUGACCUCAGGGAGCUGUGCAAGAAGUUGAGCCUCCCCAGCAGCGGCCCGAAGCCAAAAGUUCUUUCAAGGUUGAAGAAGCACCGGGAGUUAGUUGAGAAGCAGCUUGCCACGGAUGUGGCCCACAGUCUCUUCAAGGAGCAAGAGAGGCAGCCAAGCAUGAUGAAGGUGCCGGUCCUGCCAACACCCCAGCAGCAGGAAGCGCACUUCAUCACGCACCAGCCCUUUGCUUCGUGGUGCCCGGCAUGUGUUCUGGCAAGAUCGCGGCAGUCUCCCCACAGCCAGCAGAGGGAGGCUAAGGCCGAGAAGGAGGGUGACAAGAAGCUGACAACCAUGCAGAUAGACUACGCCUACACCUUCACCGGCGACCGGGGAAUAGCCAACGAAGAGGACACCGAGAAGGACGCCGAGAAAGACGCCAAGAAGGACACCGAGAAGGACGCCGAGAAGGACGCCGAGAAGGAGGACAAAGCCAACCAGUUUGCCCUCAACCUUGUUGCCGGUGAGGUGGUUACAGGAUGGCUGGUGGGAAUGCCCGUUCUAGCUAAAGGCGCCGCGUCCUUGAAGAAGGUCACCAAGAACUUGGUCCGAGUUUCAAUGCUGUUUGGUGGCGCCGAGGACUCCGUGGUUCAGGGCGACACGGAGCCGGCCAUAGGGCAAAUUCUCAAUGCGGUGCAGGCCUGCCGUGCCAAGCUUGGCCUCCGAACAGUUGUGAGACAGGUGCCUCGGGACAGCCAGUCAAAUGGCGUGGCAGAGAAGGCGGUGAGCACCCUGAGGCGCCUAGCCCUUACACUCAAGGCCCACCUGGAGGAGCGCACCAAGAUCAAGAUAAGCGGGGUGAACCCUGGCUUUUCAAGCACGCCGCGACGCCUUGUCCCCUUUGGGGAGCAGCGCAUCGGGUAUGUCAAGCCGAAGUUCAAGGGCGACCUCCAAUGGAGGCCGGCCCUGCUGCCGGACACAGCCACUUUGGAAGAACUGGCCCGAGCUGCCGGUGUAGCCGACCGUCUGCUCGAGCCAUGGCUUCGUCUUCUUCGAGUGAAAGAUCACGUUCUCCUGGCCGUCCGGGUCCGCCCGAUUGUCAUCCAUCAGGUUUUGGCGUCCUGGUCAAAGGGCUUCUUGUGGGGAUUGUUGUUGCUGACGGACGGCCGCCUUGUAGUCCUGGAGAGACCUGGCAUCCUGCUCAAGCGGUUUGUCUUUUUUCGGGGUGCAGUCUCCUGGUCCGCCGGAACGGGUGACCGGCCGGGUGCAAAACAGCACGCACCAGAACAACUGGAGCAGACAAGUAUGCAUGCAGAACGCCACGGGGAACAGGCCAACGACGAUGAGAGGCCGGGGCCGGUGGAGGUGGGGAAGGCGACGCAGGAGCCGGGGCAAGGCCAAGCAAGGCAAACCCAAGUUGGGGCCGUGAUCGAAACCAAGACCCGAGGACGGGCAGCCACCGGAAGAGGGAGGCAAAAGACGCCGCAGCACUUGACAGGCGACCUGCGAGUGGCGGGCGGGAGUUCACCUGAUUAUCGGACGGACCUGCAGAAGGAGCCGCAAGAACGGCACGCAAACGCACCGCAGCAUCAGAAGGACCCGCCUCGAAAGGCUCAGCAAACGGCGAUGGCAAAGAAGAGCGGCCAAAGUCCUGACACCAUGCACUAG